AGUCUGUUAGUUGUCAUUACGUCAUUAUUGGUGCGGAAAGGAAGCUGAAACCUUCAUUUCAACCUUAAAAAAGGUUGAAAUGGCGUCUUUGUAUAAAUUUGACCGAGAGACGCCGUUAAUCGUCUCUGUUUUUGUCAUUUUGUCCGGAAUCGUGUUCGCCUUUUGUGGAGGCUGCACAGCGGACGAGUGUCGCAUCAUCCUGUUUGAGGAACCGAUAGCAAAUAGGGCGAUUAAGGGGCAUGUGAUAAGGAGUAGUGAGGUCCUUAGUGAGGGGAGCUGUCGCACAAUGUGUUAUAUGGAGCCAAACUGUGUCUCAAUAAAUGUGAAACCUUUAGACGGAGGAAAGUACAACUGUGAGUUGAAUAACGCCACGGUUGAUAAAAGUGAACUAACCUUCUUUGAAGAAGUGGAUGCUUACUACCUGGCGAUUAAGGUAAAUGCUUCACUUAAACUUAAAGUUUUGUUUGGAAUCAGAAGAAUUUAAAGUCGUACACUUGCUCUUCGCUUUACAAAUUUAGACAAGCAUUUUUAUUUGUUGCUUCUUCGUCCCCACCUUGAUCUGAAUCUGGCCUCACACCUACACUUCUUGUUCGAUGUUGUACAUUAAUAAGAGUUUUUGUUCUUUUGGGAGGAAACCCAACCUUAUACAUGUAUAAGCCUGGCCAUUAGCAUUAUUGUAAUUCAACGUGGUUUAUC